CAAGUUUAUUUUUUUUUUCAACAAAUGUACAAUUUUACAAUUACAACUUGUUUUGUUUUAAUUCUGAUUUUUUGUUUUAUUUUUGUAUUUAACACUAUUAGUGCAUUUAAUUUGUAUAUUGAAAGUGAUGAAAUGAAUAGAACUUUGGGAAUAUCUGCUAGAAUGGAUUAUGUCACUGAUGGUGUUAUUAAUGAAUAUUCUACAAAAUUCCCCUACAGAUUAGCAGAAAAUAUUAGUCGACUUAGAUUUACUUGGAGCAGUUCUGACAGAAUGACUUAUUAUUCUCUUCAAGCAAAUUCCCAACAUUUUGAUGUUGUCCCAAUUGUUUUAAUUUCACCAAAAGGUUACGUUCCAAAUAUUCCUCAACAAUUUCAAGUUGAAUAUAGAUGUGUUGGAGCACGUUCUGGUCAAUUUCGUGUUAAUUUAAAUUUUAAUAUAACAACAACAAAAACAUCUUUAUUACAAUUAACUUUAAAACAAGAGAAAAUAUGUUCGUAUAGAGAAGGAAGGAGAAGAGCUUUUGCUCAAGAAGAAGAUUCAAACAACCAUCUAAACAUUAACGACAACAACAACAACGAAAACAACAAACAAAACAAACAACAUACAACAUAUUCAACUUGGCCAUUAUUCUCUUUUAUAAGUUUACUUUCUCUUCCUUGUCAAUUACUUGUAGCGUCUGUUUCUCUUUUUGCUUUAGUUUGUUCAGUUUUGCUUUGUUGUUGUUAUUGUAUUAAACAAGAAGAAGAAAAGGAACAACAACAACAAACAAACAACAAUUUUUCUUUUCGAAGAAGAAGAUCAAAAAUAGGUUCUUUAUAUAAUUCAACACGUUCAUCACUUAUAAGAAGAAAAAUAUUAUUUCAACAAGGAAUUGAUCAAAAAAAUAAUAAUAAAUUAAUAAAUGGUGGUUCUUUAAAAGAAAGUUCAACAGCUAAUAGUGGUAAAAGCGGAUUAUCUAAAAUAACAACAACCGGACUAGCAACAAUUAAUAGUUGUACUACUGCCUCCUCUUCUUCAAAAACAGUACUAGACGACGAACAACGAAAGCCAUUACUUGACCCUCAAAUGCCUUCAACAUCUGCUGCAGCAUUACAACAACAAAAUAAAUUAACAAGUAAAAUAAUUUAUGAACGUAGCAACCAACAAGUGGAUGUUUCUGCAGCAUUAAUAGAAUUAAAUGCAGAUAGAAAUCUUUUUGAACAAUGCCAUAAACCUGAAAUGGAAGGACAUUUUGGACAGUUAGUAUGGGCUAAUUGGCGCCAAAUAGGUUUAAAUGGAAAUAGGCCAGUUGUUGAUGAAGUUGAUGAUGGGGAAGAUGAUGCUAAAGAAGAUACUGCACUAAUUUGUAAAACUUUAAAGCCUGAUGCGGAUAGAAUCCAAUUUGAGUGUUUUUUACGUGCUGCUUUACAAUUCCAUUAUGUGCCGCCACAUCCAAAUUUGGCGCAGGCAAGUUGA